GCGAAAAAAGUUGGUUCCCGAACGAAAAGUGAGCGUGUCUUUAGGUGAAAGGUUAAACCUUGCCGCGUUGGUUAAUGGUGAUUUUUCGGUGAACAAAAACCUUAACAAUGGCUUACGCACUGUUGCGGAACUACAUUCGGCCCACGGCUACUUUGUUCGAGCGACAACUCGGAGCAAUGUCGUCAACGUUGGCGGCCAUCACAACAGAAACUGCGGGCGCGAUGGAAAAGGUCAGACCCAGCAGCUACCUGAAGGACGACCAAUUGCGGCGAGCCUUCGUCUCGACGGCAGUCCGCAAGUUCUCGAAGAAAACGGCCGCUCCGGAGCGGGCCUACAAUUCGGAUUCGGACUCGGACUCGGACGAUGAGCGUGAAGCAGCACCGCGUCGCCAUCGCAAGCAACGGGGUAACUCGGACUUUUGGCGCCGCAAGAUGCGCACCCUGCACGGACUACUAGACGUUAACAAGGAUGGCGUCAUUUCGUACGACGAUUUUGUGCUUCUGACAGAAAAGUUUGCUUCCCUGGGUCACUUGGACACCAAAGCGAAGGAUGAAUUCCGUGCCAUAAUGAGAACCACCUGGGAACAGCAGUGGGGAGAGAUAACGCCCUACAACCUAGUCACGGUCGAGCAGUACCUGACCGAGAUGCACCACGUCGUGAAUGAUAGGGAUCUGAAGAAAAAGGUCCACCGUUUUCUGCCGUACCUGUACAAGGCAGUCGACAAGGAUCGAUCGGGAUCGAUCUCAUUGCACGAGUUUAAACUGUUCUUCCGCUGUCUCGGGCUGACGGAGGAAAAUGCUGCAGUUUCGUUUGCGGUGAUCGACAAGAACGGUGACGGACAGAUCACGCUCGAUGAGUUCGUCAAGCUGGGCAAGGAUUUUUUCGUCAGCGAAAAGGAAACGCACGUGUCCCGGAUGUUCUGGGGCCCGCUGGUUGACCACUAAACGUCUGAGGGUCGCAGCUGACGAAGACCAGUUCACCUUGUACGGCAUUCAAUAUUUUAUCCGACGCGUUGCAGACGCAGAACGCGUGUAGCGAUAGGGCUUUUUUAAACGAAAGUUUGAUUGAGUGAAGUGAUUACUUUGGGACAUUUGGUCCUCCCCGCUUCGCGUGCACCUUAGAGCUUUCCGUGUUACAGUUACGUGACACACCGAUUUGUAGGGGCAUGAAUAGAUGAUCGCGAUCCGUUUUUAUACUGUUCUAUGCCGUGACAAAACAUAAACUCGAAUGCUAUCCCAGCCGCCGGCCUGAGAAAGGGGUGGAACAUAAUUGGACAACAUGUAAGCAGCAUGUGUGAUAGA